AGUGCUCUGUCAACAUCAGCGCGAGGACCUGCUUAGAUAAAAAACUGUCCUCGGCCACGAUGUCCAAAGAAGGAGAGAUUCGAUAUUGUCACAGAUUCUCCUACAUUUUACUCAAAUUCAUCCUGUUCUUUUAUGCCAUCGUCUGGUGGUUAAUAGGCGGAUUUGUCCUCGCCAUUGGCAUCUAUGCUGAAGUGGAGAGACAACGCUACAAGACAUUAGAGGGGAUGUUUUUGGCCCCAGCCAUCAUCCUGAUUCUGCUGGGAAUUGUCAUGUUUGUCGUUUCUUUCAUCGGAGUCUUGGCGUCACUGAGGGAUAAUCUAACUCUGCUGAAAGUGUUCAUGUACACGCUGGCCAUUUGUCUGAUCCUGGAGCUGCUGGGAGGAAUCUUGGCGCUGGUAUUCCGCAACCAGACUGUGGAGUUACUGAACAAGAACAUCAGAAAGGGCAUAGUGAACUACUACGACGACCUGGACUUCAAAAAUAUCAUGGACUUUGUUCAGAAGAAGUUUAAGUGUUGUGGAGCUCUCGAGUACAGCGACUGGGAGUUCAAUAUGUACCACAACUGUUCUUCACCUGGUCCAAUGGCCUGCGGUGUCCCAUAUACCUGCUGUGUCACUACCAAGCCUAAUGAAGUGGCCAACACCAUGUGUGGCUGUGAUGUACUGAAGCGCCAGCGUUUAAACCUGAUGGAUACCAUUCACAUCAGAGGCUGCACUGAUGCUUUCUUCAUCUGGCUCAUGGACAACUAUAAGAUAAUGGCUGGACUGCUGUUAGGUAUUCUUCUGCCUCAGUUCUUUGGCGUGAUAGUCAGUUGGCUGUACAUCACUCGUGUCGAAGACGCCAUCAACGAGUACGGCCACUACAUGGACGGACUGCUGGACCCAAACGCAGAGGAAAGAGGAUUCAAGAGUCAGGGCCGCGUGGCCAAAUGGUUUAAGUGUAUGCCGGAGAUUGACUGAUGGAAACAAAUCAAAUCAGAGCAGCAAAAUGGAUUCAUGGCGGCGUUCACAGUUGGUUAAACCACUGCAGUCGAUCCACAUAGUGUUGCAGCUAGUGCAGGACUCUACCGUUGAACUGCAGGCAUUUAAAAAAAAUAUGGAGAAGUAAUUGUUUUGUUUUGUUUUAUUGGGGAAGAAGGAAUUGUUCAGAACCUAUCAUAAUAUUGUAAAUAUACUGAAUGUAUUCAUUAAUAAUUGAUUUAACAUACAGUACAGUGCACUAAUGCAUUCAUUGUUGAAUACGGGAGCUCAUCUUGUGAUUCAAUGUGCUUUUACCUCAGACAGUCUCAGGGAUGAACACAGAACAAUCACUCUUAUUUUGUUUAGUGUUAGCUGUAAAAUGUCUGGAGGAUCGGCUCCAGACAUUUUGUCAGGUUAGCUGUUCACACGUUUCAGAUGUGACUGAAGGUCUCCUGAGGCAGGUGAGGCUUCAAGCACACGUGCGGGGGAGGGGUUGGGGGGCAAGACACUCACUCAAUUAUCCAUCACUUCUCCUGCUCCUGCCUUCUCAUGUGGGCUCAAUCUGACUUGUUCUGGAAAAAUGUCUAGUACAUAUACAGUUCUGCCACAGCUCGGCUCGGCUCAAGUCUGCAUGUCCUUUUUCUUGCUUUUUCAUUAGUGAUAGUACCUGGUGAUUUUACCUGAUCUGGUGAGGUUCUGACGUCCGACACAGGAAUCAUCCCGAACAAUGCCGAACUGUAGGUCAGUU